CUCGUUUGGUCUCGUUCCGUCGACUCCCGAGCAACGGUACUCCGUGGAUCUCGCGCAGUCGUACUCGCGGCCUUCACCGCUAUGGGUCGUUCUCUCCGAUCGUUCUCGGCCUACGCGCCGGCCGCCCUCAAAAACGUACGGUACUCCUCCUCAGGGUGCCCAUUCUCCAAACGACAACAGUCCCAAGUAGCCCCAACCGCGGAAGUCAACGAGGAAAUCUUCGCCAACGCCAAACCCUACUCAGAAGUGCCAGGACCUAAACCGAUACCCAUAUUAGGGAAUACGUGGCGCAUGGUACCGGUAAUCGGACAGUUCGAUAUCUCUGAAUUCGCAAAAGUGACGAAGUUUUUCUUGGACAAGUACGGGAGGAUCGUCCGCUUGGGUGGACUCAUCGGCAGACCAGAUUUGUUGUUCGUGUACGAUGCAGAUGAAAUCGAAAGGAUGUAUAGGCGGGAAGGGCCUACACCGUUCAGGCCAGCUAUGCCGUGCUUGGUUAAAUACAAGUCGGAGGUUCGGAAGGAUUUCUUUGGGGAGCUUCCAGGAGUUGUUGGAGUACACGGCGAGCAAUGGCGCAAGUUUCGCUCGAAGGUCCAGAGGCCGAUCCUGCAGCCUCAGACGGUGAAGAAAUACGUGGGCCCCAUCGAGAUGGUCACCGAAGACUUCAUCAAGUAUAUGGAAGGCGCGCGAGAUGAACACGGCGAUUUGCCACAUCAAUUCGACAAUGACAUCCACCGAUGGUCGCUUGAGUGCAUCGGUCGCGUAGCCUUAGACGUGCGGCUCGGCUGCCUCUCCUCAGACCUGUCCAGCAACCCGGAGCCCCAGAGGAUCAUCGAUGCCGCCAAAUACGCGCUGAGGAACGUAGCGGUGCUGGAACUAAAGGCACCAUACUGGCGAUACUUCCCAACGCCGCUGUGGACCAAAUACGUCAACAACAUGAACUUCUUUGUAGAACUUUGUUCCCGCUACAUCAACGAAGCUCUAGAAAGGCUGAAGACCAAGAAGGUGACGUCAGAGGACGACCUGUCUCUCCUGGAGCGCGUGCUCAAGAGCGAGGGCGACCCCAAGAUCGCCACCAUCAUGGCGCUGGACCUCAUCCUAGUGGGGAUUGAUACGAUAUCAAUGGCGGUCUGCUCCAUCCUCUACCAAGCGGCGUUGCGGACGAAACAACAGGAGAAAAUGGCGGAAGAAAUACGAACGGUUCUGCCGGACCCGAGCAAGCCUCUCACGUACGCAGACCUGGACAAACUGCACUACACUAAGGCUUUUGUUAGGGAAGUUUUUAGAAUGUAUUCUACAGUUAUUGGAAAUGGAAGGACAUUGCAGGAAGACGAUGUCAUUUGUGGAUAUCAUAUUCCAAAAGGAGUCCAAGUGGUAUUUCCGACCAUAGUGACGGGCAACAUGGAGCAGUUCGUGGCCGACCCUCAAGAGUUCCGUCCGGAGCGGUGGCUGCAGUCGGGUCGGCUGCAUCCCUUCGCCUCGCUGCCGUACGGGUUCGGUGCCCGGAUAUGCCUGGGCAGGCGCUUCGCUGAUCUGGAGAUACAAGUGCUGUUGGCUAAGUUGCUGAGGCGGUACCGGCUUGAAUACCACCACGAGCCUUUAGAAUACGCAGUCACCUUCAUGUACGCGCCCGAUGGCCCGCUGCGUCUUCGCAUGUUGGAGAGAGACGCGUAGAUCACUUUACUAACGCCCGUAUUCACAAACGAUGCUUGUUUAAGUGAAGCAGAAAAUCGAACGCACAGCGUUGAAUAGCCGCUCUGUGAUUGGUUCAUGUGUCACCCAGUGCGUCCACGCGCACUGUGAGACUUCAUAGUAAUGUUUGUGAAUACAGGCGUAAGGAGAGUCGACCAUAGGGCACUUAGCUAAGCGCGUCAACCAAGCGACGAAGGCAGUAUCACCUUGUUGGUGGAGUAUACAAAGUAAUUUCGAAACUUCGCUCAUUUUUUAAUGAGGCAUGUGUCAGAAAAUAUGCAUGCUCACUAUAAGAAUAGUUUCAAAUUAAUUUAAUUUUGUUAAAAUAGGCAGUACGCGCCUAGGGAACUUAGCUGAGUUGCCUGAUAUG